CGGGACGCCUGUGUGUGUGUUACAUGACGGUCAAAAUGUCUUUAUCACCUCACAGACAUGAUUGGAAGACAAAUGAAAUAUGAACAUGAAAAAGAAAGUCGUGAAGGGGUAACUAAGAGUGAACAAUAACUGAGUGAAAAUGGUUGUGAAAAUCCUAGAUGAGGAUCAUUUUGCUAUUGCUGCAAUUGUUACAGUUUCGAUGCAAAUCAUUUUCUUCACAAUAGCUGCCACAUUUCAGAAAGAUCAAGUAACUGAUUUUGCUGGAGGCAUUAAUUUUAUUAUACUAGCAUUGCUCACAUUUUUCCUAGGACAAGAUCCUGAUAAGAAAAACUAUGACAGUCGACAGCUGAUGGUGACCCUUUGCGUGUGCCUAUGGGGGGUUAGAUUAUCCGGAUAUUUAUUCUAUCGGAUUAUGAAAAUUGGAAGGGAUAAAAAAUUCGAGGAUCGAAAGAGUAACAAUAUCAGAUUCGCCAUUUUCUGGACCUUCCAAGCGAUAUGGGUCUAUGUUGUGAGUUUACCUGUAAUCAUAAUAAACUCACCUAGGCAUUCUUUUCCCAAAGCUCCUAAGACUAUGACUUCUUUAGAUUCCGCAGGAACCUGUAUGUUCGUUGUUGGCUUGCUGGCUGAGACCUAUGCUGAUUUACAAAAAUUCUCCUUCAGAGCUGAUCCAGUUAACCAGGGCAAGUGGUGCAACGACGGUUUAUGGAGGUUGUCCAGACAUCCGAACUAUUUCGGCGAAAUUCUGUUGUGGUGGGGUAUAUUCGUGAUAUCUUUGAACGUUAUAGAGGGUGCUGAAUGGGUGGCGAUAGCAUCACCCAUCUUCACAUCGCUGAUAAUAUUGUUCCUUUCUGGAAUACCGCCACUUGAGAAAUCUUCCGACGAGAAAUACAGAGACAUAUCCGAAUAUCGAUAUUAUAAGUCUUCCACAUCACCUUUAAUACCAAUACCACCAAGCAUCUAUGAGGAGGUGCCACAAUUUUUGAAAUUCCUACUCUGUUGCGAAUAUCCUCUGUACGAUUCCAUGGAUGAGAAACCAAACCACCACCACAACAUGAAAGACUCCGUUAGUAUAUCCAUAGACCAGUCCUAGCUACUGCUUAACUAUGGCGAAAUGGAAAACAACAAAGUUCAGAUCACGUCUUUAUGAAAGAAGAACAGUUAGUACUUGAGACGGCGCAAUACUUGAAAUUAUAGUAGAAAUUCGACCACAAAGAAACUAGCAUAUCGAAAAUUAUAAUAUUUAGAGAUAUAAUACAUUAUCAAGAAGUUAUCUAGACCAAAGAGAAGAAAAAUAACGUUGCGAAAUUCGUUUUUUUUUUUGGUUUUCAUUCAGAUAGGGAGACAGCAAAAACAAAACAGUAUUGCUGUCUUGAGUUUCAGUUUAAGUCCUUAAUGAUAUUGUGAAAAUUCAGCACCAUUGCAAUAAUAUACAGGGUGAGUCUUUCACACGUACAAAUAUUUAAACAGUUCAAUCUUGAGGUCAAAAGAAAAUUUUUGUUUCCUUUACCAUUUUUUCUGAUUCGGUCCUGAUUAAAAGAUAUAGCCAUUUUAAGUUUUCAUAAUGAGCUGUGCCAACCCUGGUGGAGCCCUACAUGGACUGGGGCUAUUUUAUAUGGCAGUUUUGACCCUGCCAGCAUUGAAUACAUUUCGAACGUUAUUUUUCAUGGUUGAAAAUAAUUAUUAAAAAUCUAUUCAUAAAAUUCAAAGAUUUAAUUUCAAUUCCAGAAUAGAGUAUUUAGAUCGAAGAAAAGCUUCCUUAUAUGAAGAAGUAAUUACUCGUACUGUCAAAUAAAUAACGAGGCAGAAUAUUAGUAUAAUACAUAUACUAAGUACAUGUAUAUUUAUGAAGUUUCUAGAAAUAUAUCAAAUUGUUACUAAAAUCUCGAUACUAACUCAUUAACAAAUUAAUUUAAUGAAGUGAGAAUGAUAAUGUAUCCACUGAAUCUUUGAUACUAACGAAUAAAAAAAAAACUUGUGCCAAUUUUUAAAUCAUUCCGUUGUAUUCAUACUGAACAUAAUCAUAUCAAGGUUGGCUUUCGUUAAAGCAAGCUCAUUAUUAUAUGUUUAACGCGCUUUUUUGAAAGUAUACAAGAGCCUUUCUACAAUAUAGUUAUUGAGAUUCAUAUAAGGCAAUUAUGCCAGAUGAGUUGAAAUAUUCAUUAAAAAUAUAAGAACAAUUUUCAAUAUUGAGAUAUUUUUCAUUGAGUAAAAUGAAAUAGGGUUGAAUCGAUUCAAAAAUAACGAGACGAAAUCGUCAAUUCCUAAUACUAAGACGGUAGUACUAUACAUAUUACAGUGAUUUAUUUUUAUAGAUAUUUGUUCUGAUUGAUAUGUUGAAACUGAAAAUAAAGUUAUGUUCAAAUAAA